UGCAGCGCCGACGUUGUUUCGCUUUGCAGGCAGGGGCACCGAAGUGUCAAAAUUAAUUCCUUUUAUUACAGCUAGACGAUUACCAGAGCCACGACAGUCCAGUCGCCGAAUCGACCAAUGCGGAUGGGUUUGUUCGUCAACCAUUUUAUCUACAAAUGUGACUCGGGUUAACUGUAUAGUGAUAAACGACAACUCGCAGGCCUCUGUAGUUCCAGCCGACAGGAGCAACAGUGGGCCACGGACCGAGGUUGUGUUGAUGGGAAGAAGGGAGGGCUGCAUCAUGGAAGUUGUGCUCUCUGCCACCCAGGGUUCGGUUCGUACAGAAUGUGAUGAAUCGCAAUAGAAUUCUGGAUAUCCACCAAGUCGAACCAUGAACUAGUUUACAUGUGGUGUGUCAACAACAACUAACAUACUCGGACUGACAGAAUGAACGGCCCUCAGCAGAAUGACGCAAAGAGACAACACCUGCUGGAGCGGCUGCUUGACUCUGUCAAACAGUGCCAAAUCCGCUUUGGAGGAAGAAAGGAGAUCGCCUCAGAUUCUGACAGCAGGGUGAUCUGUUUGUGUGCCCAGUUUGAGGCUGUCCUCCAGCAUGGCCUGAGGAAGACCAGAGGCCUGGCUCUCACUGCUGCUGCCAUAAAGCAAGCCGCAGGCUUCACCAGCAAGACUGAAGCAGAGCUGACAUUCUGGUUCUAUGUGAAGGAGUAUCUGAACCGCCAUGAGCUGCAGCGGUUCUACUCCCUGAGACAUAUCUCCUCUGAGUUGGGCCGCGGCCGAGCCUGGCUCCGCUGUGCCCUCAAUGAACACUCACUAGAGCGCUACCUACACACUCUGCUUGCAGACCGCAUGCGCCCCGGCACCUUCUAUGAAGACUGGGCGUUUAUUCUAGAUGAGGAGCGAGCCAGCAUGCUGCCCACCAUGGCUGCAGGACUGAACUCCAUCCUGUUUGCCAUCAACAUCGACAAUAAGGACCUAAAUGGUGUGAUCCGAGCAGGCUCCUCCUCUUCCGUGAGCCACCUCCUGAAGGAGUCCACCCAGGGCAUAGGGAGCUUAUGGAAGGAGUCGACCCAGGGGGUGAGCACUCUGCUCAGGGAGAUCAGCACCGCCACCACUGUGGUGCCAGGUUUCAUCCCCACCCACCGCCCUGACGGCUCCACAGACCCACUGCCUGUCCUGCCCCGCAGCGCCUCCGCAGACUCUGGCCUGAGGAAGGAGCGACGGAGGAAAAAGAAAAUCACUAACAUCAUCUCUUUCGAUGACGACCUGGAUGGGGGAGCAGAGGACGAGGAUGAGGAGGUGGGGGGGAGUACUGCCACUCUCAGGAAGAGCACCACUGCUCCUCAGGUCAGUCUGGAGGAGGGCACUGACCCACUGGAGCCCUCCUCCUCCCUCUCGCCUCCCCAGAACGGGAUGCCCGGGCCUGGGAUAGUCCGCUGGGCCGGGUCUCCUCCUUUCUCCAGGGCUCUGCCAGACUCCAAGAUUAUUGAUAAUGAUGAGGAAGAGGAGGUGUACAAGAGCAGACCACAGCUACAGAGCCCCCUCCAUGACAGGGCCAGCACUAACCAAGUGGUGGUGGGGAGCCUAUCCAGUGUGUCCACGUGUAGCCCUCUGCAGGCCAUGACUGAUCAUGACAGUUCAAACAUCCUCAUUCCUGUGGCCUCCAGCCACUCCUACUCUCAGCCAGUCGGUUCAGUGGAGGAUACGGUUGCAUUUCCUGUACAGACAGAUUCCACAGGCAACCACGAGACAACCAGAACCCAGCUGCAGUUCAACUUGGAGGCCAGCCCGCCGGGCCAGAAUGCACCUCUCUCCAGUGUCCUUCCCAGUGCCACCCCCGGUCUACCAGAGUCCAUGACAGUGGUGGAGCUCCACCAGGCCAUAGUAGCCAUGAUGAACAGGAAGGAUGAGCUGGAUGAACACAACAUGUCCCUGCGUAGCCUGCUGGAUGGGGAGAUGGAGCACUCUGCUGGGCUGAGGCAGGAGACCGAUGCCCUGAGGAGACGCCUGGAUGAGCUGGAGGAGAGACACACAGCCAAGGUGCAGGCUCUGGGCAGAGAGAACGAGGUCCUCAAGGUCCAGCUGAAGAAAUACGUGGGGGCUGUCCAGAUGCUGAAGAGAGAGGGGAGCCAGGGCAAUGACACUGCUCUCCCCAUGGUGAGGAACUGUGAUGGUUCUACUCUGGCCCCUCAGAGCAGGUCUAUGGGGGAUGUGGAGGAGCUGGCUGCCAGCUACGAACGCAAACUCAUAGAGGUGGCUGAGAUGCAUGGCGAGUUGAUAGAGUUCAAUGAGCAUCUGUACCGUUCUAUGAUGGCCAAGGACCACCUCAUCAUCCAGAUGAAACAGGAACUCAUCGACCUCAGAGGACCAGUUCCUGGUGACCUGAGCCAGACUUCUGACGACCCCAGCCUAUCAGAUUUUGAGACGGCUCACCGUGCUCUAAUCAAUGUCUGGAUUCCCUCUGUGUUUCUGCAAGGCCGCGCUGCCAACGCUUACCAUGUAUACCAGGUUUACAUCCGUAUCCUGGACAACGAGUGGAAUGUCUACAGACGCUACACAGAAUUCCGGGCACUCCACAACCACUUACGCUCACAAUUCCCACAGGUCGACAACUUCAGCUUCCCACCCAAGAAAGCCAUAGGGAACAAGGAUGCCAGGUUUGUAGAGGAGCGGAGGAAACAGCUGCAGUCGUAUCUGAGGAUGGUGUUGAACAAGCUGAUCCAGACCCUGCCAGAGUUCUCUGCUAAACCCACCAAGGAGACCCUGCUGCAGCUGCUGCCCUUCUGCCUGGACAUUCCAGUGGCCAGCGAGGGGAGCAGUAAGACGGCCCGGUCCAAAUCCUCGUCAAGCUUCCCCAUACUUGGGCGCAGCCACAACCAGGAGGGCCGCAAUCUAGAGCCCCAGAGCGGUGACCUUUAGCCUCUGACCUGUGACCUCUGACCUCUUCUUUGAUUGGAUUAAACAGAAGAGUUUGUUGGUGCUCCUCCUGGAUGGAUUAUGAGCCAUAGAGAGGAACAGAAUGGCUAAUGGCUAAUGGCUAUGCAGGCGAGAGGCAUGACACUGCUCCUCCUUUAGGCCUUCUACAGGUUUCCAACAGCAGGACAUUAUAUCCUCUCUGGGAUCUACAGAGGCAGACUCUUCCUUCUCUCUGACCCUGCCUAAAGAUUUACUCAAAGACCUCAUGUGGAAAAGCUGGGUCAACAACAGACAUUGAACUAAGAUGGGGGGGACUGUUUCCUAAUUUUACUCAGUUUUGUAGUGAAACUGUAUCAUGGUCAGUGUUUUCUAGCUUCUUUGCAGUGAGGGGACGUAUAGAAAUGUGUUCUUUAUACAAUGUUUUUUUUUUGGCGAAUGUCAGCAUUUUGGUAAAUUUUUGAUUUUGACAUCAUCCCUUUACCUGACAUUAGCCAAAGCGAUGGGCUUUCAUCUUUUAUAUUUCUGUUACCAAACUGUUACCAAACGAUAAUCUGCACAAUGUCGUAUUCCAUCACACAAUUUAAGGAUUUUAUCAAUGCAAAUAAAUCUGCUGGAUUGACUAUCCAGCCGUUCCAA